AUGUCUACGAGCCCGACGCAGCCGCCCCCGGGCCCCCAUGGAGCUGAAAACGCAAACAACGGCUCCGACACCCAACUCGACAUCGCCGUCAUAGGCGGCGGCAUCGUCGGGCUCAUGAUAUCCUUGGGGCUCCUGCACCGCAACAUGCGCGUGACCAUCUACGAGCGGGCCCCCGCCUUCAACGACUUCAGCACCGGGUUCGCCUUCACCGGCAUCGCGCGCCAGUGUAUGCAGCGCCUCAGCCCGCACAUCGUCGACGCCCUCCGCCGCGUCAACGACUGGCCGCACCACGAGUAUUAUCGGUACUGGGACGGCCACACCCCCGACACCAAGGAGGCCGCGCUGAUGUUCAGGAUGCCAAGUCGUGAGCUCGACUACUGCAGCUGUGUGCGCUCGCAGUUUCUCCGCGGGAUGCUCGAUCGCUUGCCCGAGGGCGUGCUCAGGUAUGGGAAGCAGCUCGUGAGUUAUGUCGAUGAGGAGGGGAGCGGUAAGGUAGUGCUGAGCUUUGCGGACGGCACGGAGGCAGAGGCGGAUGUGGUUGUUGGCUGUGAUGGGAUACACUCGCGCACGCGGCAGAUCUUGCUGGGUGAGGAUAAGCCGGAAGCGUACGCUGGCUUCACGCAUAAGGUGGCGUACCGUGGUGUAGUCCCGAUCGAGGGGGUUAUAGCGGCGCUGGGCGAGGACAAGGCGGAUAAUCAAUGCUCGCACAUGGGGCCCAAUGGGCAUGUGGUCAACAACUCCACGCACUCCAACAUCGUCGCCUUCCUGCACGACCCCACCCCCUGGCCCUCCCCCUCCCUCCCUUCCUCCUCAUCCUCCUCCCCGAAGCUCACCACCCCCGGCACCCGCACCGAAAUCCAACAGGCCCUCGCCUCCUGGAGCCCCUCCGUCCGCGCCCUCGUCGCCCUGCUCCCCGAGCGCCUGUCCAAGUGGGCCAUCUUCGACAUGGCGGACCACCCGGCGCCGACCUACGCGCGGGGCCGCGUCGUGAUUGCGGGGGAUGCGGCGCAUGCGAGCUGUCCGUUCCAUGGGUUGGGCGCGUGCAUGGGGGUUGAGGAUGCGUUGGCGAUUGCAACGGCGUUGGAGGUUGCGUGGGGGGAGGUGGGUGGUGGGGGGGUAGGGAUAGGGAUAGGGAGGGCGGUGACGGAGGCGUUGCAGGCGGCUAGUAAGGUGCGCUUGGGAAGGACGCAGUGGAUGACGCAGAGUUUGAGGGAGAUGGGAGAGAUUUAUCAGUGGAGGUACGCUCCAACCGGAAGGGACGCCGAGAAAAUCAGGGCCGAAUUUGACUAUCGCUCAAGGGUAGCCUGGGACUUCGACGUGGAUAAGAUGGUGGAAGAGACCAAGACGGAGUGUGAACGUCGUUUGAAACUUGCCUCUUGAGGUAACUCAUAGGGUAUCUAUACAUGAUUAGGUAGG